AUGUUGCGCGUUCAAUCCGAUUGCCAUGCGAUUGUCCUGGGGGAAAUGCCGCCAUCGCCCCUAACGGAAAAUUCUUCGAUGAUGCAGAUUCUGAAACUCAUGCAGCAGCAAAUGACGCAGCAGCAGAAUAUUUUGGCACAGCUGAUGCAGCACCAAGGAUCGGGUUCAGGCCAAAAUUCACUCACAUCGCCCGAACAAAUUCUGGAUUCACUAUGCAGCCAUUUAAAGGAGUUUAACUAUGAAGCUGAAGCUGGAUCGACAUUCGCAGCAUGGUACAGCCGAUAUGAGGAUUUGUUCGAGAAAGAUGCAGCCCGCUUGAGCGACGAAGCGAAAGUGCGCCUUCUUAUGCGCAAACUGGGAACCCUCGAACACGAUCGGUAUGUCAAUUUUAUUUUACCAAAAUAUUCACGUGAUUUUUCUUUGUCAGAAACAGUCAUCAAACUCACGGACUUGUUCGGCACCAAGGAGUCCCUGUUACAUAGACGCUUCAAAUGUCUAAAUACGUGCAAAGGGAAAUCUGAGGACUAUUUAGCGUAUGCUUGUCGCAUUAACCGAGGGGUUAUUAACUUUGAGCUCGGGAAGCUUUCUGAGGAACAGCUCAAAUGCCUCGUAUUUGUCUGCGGAUUGAAGGAUGAUUGCGAAGUGGAAAUCAGGCAAAGAUUGCUAUCCCGAAUUGAGGAACGUCCUGAAACUACAUUAGAACAAGUUACGGCAGAAUGUCAGCGCGUCAUCAAUCUGAGACGCGACAGCGCUAUGAUCGAGCGUGACACGUCAGAACAAGUAUACGCAGUACAACAAAGACGGUUUCAGUACCAUCGUUCCUAUCCCUCUAGUAAACUGUCAUCCUCAAGAGACCCCCGCCAUCCGUGUUGGCUGUGCGGAGCAUUACAUUGGUCUCGUAACUGCACAUAUCGUACUUAUAAAUGCACUGCGUGUGGUAAAAUAGGGCACAAGGAAGGGUUUUGUAACACGAAGGCCAGUUUAACACGCAACAAUUUUAAUAACCCUUUCGAUCAACAUCAAACGAGUACUAGAACUGUUACUGUCAACGUGCACAGCGUCCAGCAGAGGAGGAAAUAUGUGCCACUCAACAUCAAUGGCAAAAGUCUAAGACUACAGCUAGACACCGCUUCCGACAUCACAGUCAUCGGUAAAAACGUAUGGAAGCACAUUGGAGCACCACCACUAUCACCAUCAUCAGUUGACGCUAAGACAGCAUCAGGAGGAGAGCUACCAAUAAUCGGAGAGUUUAAUGCAAACAUCAUCAUCGGAGAGAAGCAGCGUCGAGAAACGAUAUAUGUGUCUCAAGCGGAUUUGAGACUACUGGGCACGGAUUUAGUCGAGGCAUUUUCUUUGUGGUCAGUGCCUAUUGACCAGAUAUGCAACGUCAUUCAUACAUCGAGUGUUAAGGAUUUGGAACAACGAUUUCCCCGCCUUUUUGGAGCUGGUAUGGGUCUAUGUACAAAAGGAAACGUUAAUCUGCAACUGAAGGAGCAUUGCCGUCCAGUUUUCUGCCCUAAGCGUCCAGUUGCGUACGCAAUGCUCGACGCAGUUGAUAAAGAGCUCGACAGGUUGCAGCAAUUGGGAGUAAUCACACCGGUAGACUAUUCUGAUUGGGCUGCGCCGAUUGUUGUGGUACGGAAAGCAAACGGCCAAAUAAGGAUCUGUGGAGAUUACUCGACCGGGCUUAAUGGAGCAUUGCAUCCCCAGGAGUAUCCGCUUCCGUUACCAGCAGAUAUAUUCGCCAAACUAGGUAAUUGUACUCAUUUUACGCAAAUUGAUUUAACGGAUGCUUUCCUUCAGGUCGAAAUCGCAGAGCAGAGCCGGAGUCUCUUGACGAUCAACACACACAAAGGGUUGUAUUCCUACAACAGACUGCCACCGGGUAUCAAGAUAGCCCCCGCUGCAUUCCAACAACUGAUGGACAAGAUGCUUGUUGGUCUACGUGGCGUCUCCAGCUAUAUGGACGACAUCAUUGUCGGAGUUAGGAAUCAAGAAGAGCACGAUGAAACUCUGCUUCAAACCCUAGGUCGUAUUCAGGAGUACGGUUUUACAAUCCGUGUCGAUAAAUGCUCGUUCAAUAAGUCACAAAUAAGAUAUCUAGGGCACAUAAUAGAUAGAAACGGCAUCAGUCCCGAUCCAUCCAAAGUAGAAGCGAUCAUUAAUCUGCCAGCACCGUCAGACGUCAGCGAAAUGCAUUGUUGA